UCUCUGGCAGACUCAUCUGGAUGUAUACAUGGCAUCAACGUGGCGCCCAAUGUCUCUUGCGUUAUUUUCUUUUGUUUUCCUGCAGAUAUCCUCGUCUUAUGAGCAGCUGUCUGCCUUUGUGGAAGGAAGCUCAGAUGAUGCAUCAUCCCAAGACAUCAGAAUUCAACAAAAUGGGGUGGACGCUGACGGCUCGGUGUUUGCGGCUGAAGCGCUGCAGCCGUACGGAUGGCAGCUUCACGCUCCUCCAUGCAGGAAGCUGCUUCAGUCUCCGGGAAUGUUGCUGUACUCUCCUCUGAGUGUUUCUUACAACGGCAAGACCUGCAUCCUCUUCAGAGCCCGCAAACUAGCCAUCAGGUUCAGGAAUCACAGUUUAGUGGACCUCACAGAGAGAACCUUCAGCCCAGACGCACCGGUGGACACCAAAGGCUCCUUCUGCAGCAAAGACAAAGCCAUACUCAAUCUACGUUUUGGCGAUGUGGAAGAUCUAAGAGGCCUCUCCAUCAGGCUACAGAUGUCAAACACGUUCUACGAGUCUGCGGGACAGAACUGGUUCACUCUGGAUAACGUGUACAUCCAUUACAACUGGACAUACGAGGCCACGUUCAACGCUACAGAUGUGUACGCACCCUCCACCAACUCCUAUCACUGCCAGCACGUCAGCAGCCUGCAGAAGUACGACACACUGCUGGUGCCCAGCGCCAACACCGACCACGCCGCACACUGGCACAUAACCUUCACCGACUUCCAGAUCCAGGCGUUUAACGUUCACUCCAGUAAGUUUGCGGCGGCCAGCGACUGCGCGACCUUCUUCACUCCUGCCAUCCUGAUGGGUCUGAUCACGUCUCUGAUCCUGCUGCUGGUGCUGGCCUACGCUCUGCACAUGGUGGUUCACCUGAAGCACAUCGACCGCUACGAAGAGCACAAGACCACCGUCUACUUCCCACGCAGCACAGAAGCGGAGAGCACAGAGAAGAACAACCUCUAGAGUCCCGAGAGAGAGACGGACACUUCUGUGACUGUGAGCUCUGACUCCCAUCUGAACGGAGAAUCAGAGCUGUUUGGGACUGACUGCACCACGGCAGUGGCAUCAUUGUGGUGGGACAGUGGAAGUCCGAAUCAGGUUCCUUCGGGAGCUUUACAGGCUCGGCACACUGGAGGAUUUGGAGAUAUCAGCCAGUUCUCACCAAAAAUCUAGGAAUUAAUCAUUCAGUGUCAGGUUUCAUGAGUGGAAGGACAUCUUCAGAUGUUUGAAUGCGAUUUGAAAUAGCACAAUAAUCAAUAUAUCUUGCAUUUGCAUCGUCUGUCUUAGCUUCUGUUUGACUGCUAAGGACCAGAUUUAACUUCAGUACUGAUGCUUCUCUGAAGUCAACAUGAAAUGGUGUUUCGUAAGCAAUUUACAGUUGUAAUUUUACAUAUUUGCGAAUAAAAUAUCUUGAUUUUUUCAUCUGGAACUGAUUGGAUGGUAUUACGGAAGCCCAUUACCG